AUGACCUACCUUACAUCAUGUCUCGGGUUUUAUAUGGAAAGGAUACCUAGUUCAAACAACUUUUCGGAACAAGAUGUUGCCCAGCACUACAGUGCUAAUGACCCCGAAGACCAUGACAUGACUUGGUGCCACGUUCUCGCAAUGCUUUUACCAUCAUCUGAGAUCAAGGCGGCGCAUCUUGUUCCGAAACGUCUGUCCGGCGAUGAGACCUCCUUUCUCUUUGUAUUACUUUGGCAAGGAGCAUCGAGCGCAGGCUGGAUGAGGGCACCAUUGUUAUUGCUCCGAUUCCUGGAGCAAUCACUGCACCGACACGUGGAUGUACUGAAGGAGCAGCGGAUCGAGACCCGUCACCGUGAGCGACAGCAGAAAGGCGGUGCCGGACGCGGAUGUACAUACUACUCGACGAGGUCAAGGACAGUGUGGGUGGGCCCUUAUACACCAGGAGACCGGGAAAAAGCAAUCGUCCGCCUUGAGGACAUUGACAAGAAGGAGCUGACAUUCCUCGGUGACAAUCAACCAGCCCACCGCUACCUGUUCUUCCGGUUUAUCAUUUCGUACCUCUACGCCAAGGCCAAUGGAAACACAAUGGUCAGGGAGAAGGUGAACAGAAAGGACUUUUGGCCCAUCAUAGGCCGUUAUUUACAUAAAUCCAUGCUUGUCACUCUCGCUCGCAGUGUUUCUGGUACUGAGCUGCCGCGCUCGUUGGUCGAGGGGAAAACAUUAGGAACGUGA